AUGACUAUCUACAACUUCAGCCAAAGGCGAUCUUCAAGAUGCACCAACAAAAGCCAUGGAAACAACUGCAAUCCCUCCAGGCAGGACAUGUUGUUGGCCUGGAUACUGCUCUGGCCAAGAGUUCUGAAGAGAAUCACUCACCCAAGAGGAGGAGACCGUCCUAUUGCAGUGCAAAACCUCCACUCUUUUGUGAGCACAACCACUUCUGAAACCGAUCACCCCGACGUGAUAGCCACUCCUCCUCAAUUCGACCGUCCUGGCACCCACCCCCCUCUGUCAUUCUUCAAUAAUGACCCACCCACACAAAUGGCAUCCUCUGCUCAUGCUAUUGCAGUCCCUGCAAUUCCCUCCCCCUCCCGGCAGUUGGCACGGGAGCAUCUCUUCCAGGUUGUGAGCAAAGACUGGUACUCUCAAUCAGAGUCCUCAAUGGACAAGAGCUCCAACUCUGAGUCAUUGGCUAGAAGAUUGCAAAAGAAGAUCUCUAAGGUGAAGGUGAAUGCCAACAAGUUUGUCCAGUGGCUCAGAGAAGUGGAGAAUGUGUGA